AUGACCACCCCUGAGAAAGAACUGCCUCACUUCGAGUUCGACCCUGCCAGCAAAAGGCCCUCCGACGACGAUAGCACGGCUGUUGAAAAUGACAGACACGAAGGUUCUGUCGACAGCACACUGUUACACGACCGAUUGAAGGUGGAAACACAGCGUCGAGAUACAAGUACACGCUUUGAUGACCCACGGUCCCCCAGCAGGACGCGAGAGGAGGCUCAUCGUCUUGAGGAUGAACUCGCCGUGCAGAGAGCUGAACGGCUCACGUCAAUAGAAUCCCGGCAGUCAGAGGCUGGUCGGAAUUCAGCAACACUUCAUCGAUCUAGGUCGAGAGCACCCGAACCACUCGAUGAGUUUGAUACGGCUACGAACCCUAUCCACGAACGUACCGCCAUAUACAAGCCGCCUGAAAACCCCACCACAAAGAUUGCCAAAUUCUUCAAAUACAUCCAUCACUCCAGUUUCGUCAUUCGCUACUUCACCUACAUCUUCCCAGUCUUUGCCCUUCUCCUGAUUCCCAUUCUGGUUGGAGCAUUCCUACCUGCUGCCGAGAACGCAAGUGUCGGUGGCGUUGAGUUGAUCUGGUUUGGUGUAUGGCUUGAAAUCGUCUGGUUGACGCUCUGGGCUGGCCGUAUCGCUGCCCGGAUGAUUCCUUAUCCUCUCGGUCUUGUCUCAAGUCUCUUCACGAACAAUUCCAAAAAGUGGCGAGAUCUAGGCAAAGCCCUUGAAAUCCCAGCAACAAUCUUCUUCUGGUGGCUCGGUGUCGAGGUCUCUUUCUUGCCCACCAUGACUAACCAUCAUGUUGGCCGCUCCAAACAAACCACGCAUUGGGAAAAGGUGCUCAACAAGGUCAUCAUCUCCGUCUUCGUGGGCGCGACCUUGAAUUUCAUCGAGAAGAUCAUUAUUCAACUGAUCGCUAUUUCCUUCCACUUGCGAACCUACGCCGACCGCAUCGAAAUCAAUAAAUUCCAGAUCGGCAGUUUGACGAAACUGUACAUCUUUUCCAAGGCCAAGAUCGCCAUGGAAGACGCAGAAUUCGAAGAGAAACAUGUGGAACCGGGCUCGGGGACUAAAACACCCGCCAUAUAUGCCGCUCAGGCUCAGGAAGCUCUCACCAAGGCAUUUGCCAAAGUUGGUGAUGUGGCUGGUACAGUUGCAGGUGAUUUUACUGGGAAGAAGAUUGCAAAAAGUGGCCACCCUUCUCAGGUUGUCUUGACCCUGCUAAACAGCACCAACGGGUCGCAGGUUCUGGCUCGACGCCUGUAUCGAACAUUCGUGCGAGAGGGCUGUGAAACUGUGUCAUCCGAAGACCUGAAGGCGGCUUUUGACAACGAAGAGGAAGCUGAAGCAGCUUUCAGCAUGUUCGACAAGGACAUGAACGGGGAUAUCUCCAUGGAGGAACUUGAAGCGGUCUGUGUCGAGAUUGGAAGGGAACGGAAAUCAAUCACUGCCUCUCUCAAGGACCUCGACUCCGUCGUCAGCAAGCUUGACGAUGUUCUGUUUUUCGUUGUGGGCGUCAUCACUGUCCUGGUCCUCAUCUCUCUGAUUUCCACUUCGGCAGCCGGAGUCCUGACUUCUGCUGGCUCAGCAGUCCUCGCUUUGUCCUGGCUGUUCUCCGCUACCGCUCAAGAAUUCCUUCAGUCUUGCAUCUUUGUCUUCGUCAAGCAUCCUUUCGACGUUGGAGACCGAGUUUCAAUCUACGGCAACACCGGGUCGUCCCUGAAAGGGGAUGACUAUUUCGUUAAGGAAAUCUCGUUGUUGUACACGGAGUUCAAGAAAAUGGAAGGCCAUAUCGUUCAAGCGCCAAACUCCUAUCUCAACACGUUAUUCAUCCUGAACAUGCGGCGAUCUGGAGGUCUCGCCGAAGCUGUUCCUAUCGUCAUUAGAUUCGGCACCACUCUGGAGCAAAUCGAGGCUUUGCGCAACUCGCUACUCGAAUUUGUCAAAUCUGAAAAGCGCGAGUACCAGGGAAAUAUCUUGACCGAACUGAGGGACGUGACCGAAGCGUAUUCUCUCACUUUGAAUGUCGUGUUCUUCUACAAGUCGAACUGGCAAAACGAACUGCUUCGCCUUCAGCGACGGAACAAAUUCAUCUGUGCUCUGAUGGUGGCUAUGCAAGAUAUUGGUAUCGAAGGACCUCGUCGUAAUAACGCUGGUUGGAGACCAGAUGUGCCCUACUUUAUGCAGCUGCCUCCGGGCGCUCCACCUCUCAUCGGCGGGGACACCAACGGUCUGCAGCAUGGCCAUGCUUCCGGAAGUAUCACUGGGGAUCCGAUCCAUCAUACGCCGGCAGUUGGAGCGCCUCCGCUUCAUUACCCUUCGAUCAUGCGACGGCGGCCUAGUACGGGCCAACUGGGACGGCCCAGAGGCGAGUCUCUGUCGGCCAUGGCCAGGAGAGUGGACUUUUCGUUGGGUAUGAAAGAUGUCAGCUCAGGAGAGCAACUCUCGGAUGUGUACGAAGACCGAAAUCGCCCUCACUUCGAAGAGGUGAUACGAGAAUCCAACAGGAUUGAAGAGGAACGAAGGAUGUCAGAGUCCCAAGAACGCGAAGACCACGGAAGGUCAACGUCUCGCGAAGGGCACAUGAUGAGCGGAAUUCUGCGGCGCUCAACCACUCAAAGUUUUGCUGGUAAUAGCAGAGCGUCCGUCGGAGGCCAUCAUCGGGCUUCGAUCAGCAGCACCGAGACACAUCGCAAUCGGUUCCUGAGCCGCUUUAAUCGCACUGGUCGAAGCAUUGAUCUUCCGCGCGACUCACUGGCGGAAGAGGGCCAGGCUCCUCCCAUCCCACACGUUGGCCCUCUAGAUGCGAGAUCUGGUAAAGUCAGCUCACAGGCAGUUCGUGCCGACUCGAUUGCAUCUCGCUCCAAUGAACCUGAGCCAUUCCCGCCCAUGGCCCCAGUGAGCAGCAACACACAGGACUUUGAACUGAAAAGGCUAGGCGGAGAGACUUCCUCUGGCCGACAGCAUUAA